AUGGCUACGCUAUUGCGAUUCAACCAGGCGGGGAGGGAGAAUAUUCGGUGCUUCUAUAGCGGUGUCGGUUAUCCCGGUUGUCUGCUCGAGGGAUCGCGACCGCCGCCAGAUGUGCCGCCGCGCAACCCCACCAUGUCCCGUCUGAACGGCCGCAUCACCGGCAACCCAGCCGACCUGGCCGACUUUGAGCCAUCCUGUCUCGUGCGCACCCCUUCCGGCAACUUCUACGUGCCAUCGGGGGACAUUCAAAAGAAUCCGUCUAUGGACUACAAAUCGAAUUCGUCGUGCAGUAGCCCCGGCAAACAAGAGAAGAGUACGUUAGAGAGAAUGGAUAGAGGCGACCGGCACCCGGCGUUCGGGGCCCCAGUGCCAGUUCUGCCAGUGAGAAAUAAUUUAAGGGCCUCACACUUCACUCCGGCCGCUUCGCGCUUCCAUUUCAGGAAGGGCCUCUCGUCUAGAUGCUCGUGGAAAUGUACUGCCAUAGUCUUUAUAGUGCUAUUCGUUUUACUUUUAGCAAUUGCCUCUUAUAUGUCAGCUUCCUAUUUCGUCAACUGGUCAUACCAGAACUCGAAAGCGUGUACAGUUCUAGUCGGGGAAUCCACAGAGAUGUUUCCGACAUCGAAAGCGACAACAUUAGAGUCAAACAAUAAAUCUCUUUCCAAACCGCAGCAAAGCUCAACAUCAACCAGCUCAGUAACUGUUCCUACAAUGGGUGACACAAACGAAGUACCAACAGUAAAAAUCACACCAUUGGAUUUGGAACCUACGAUGCCGACGAACUUUAACAAACCUGUCGUUAUACAGAGUUCAACAAAAGCAAAUAAAGAUGUUAAUCUAGACAGUAGUUCCGGCGGUAGUUGCGAAUGCUCUUGUCCAGUAUGCGAUAGUAGUCCAUCGGAUGAUUUCUAUGAAGAUUCUGAUUCCGACAGAAGCACUACUGUUUCUUGGGAAAAUACAGGAUCGAGUACAGACCCAAGCCCUGAAUAUAAUGCAAGUGAACAUUCAAGUACACAAGAUUCGUAUGAAACACAAACUUUUGACAUGAGCACUGAAUCAACUACAGACUUGGGCACCGUUCAUUCUUCUGUCGUUACUGACGUAACGAAGGCAACAGACUUUGCGGGAGAAACUACAGAUAUGACUAGUGAACCAGAAAUAAUAUCAACGACCGAACUUCCGAAGUGUGUGUGUCCGAAAAUUAAACCUCCACCCAUCCUAAUAUUGGAAGGUGCUCGAACUUUUCCUAUGCAGUCGUUUCCCCCAGACGGAACUACAUUCAAACAGAUUACAUUAGGUGAAAAAUUGUCAAAACAAAUCCCUCCAUACAGUUACUGGAACAUGCAAUUCUAUCAAUCGGAAGCUUCCUAUGUAAAAUUCGACUAUUUGAUACCCCGUGGAGCGUCUAUAGGUGUGUAUGCCAGGAGGAAUGCACUACCCACGCAUACGCAGUACCAUUUUUUGGAAGUCUUAAGUGGAUUUAAGGCAAGAACAACUCGAUCAUCACACCCUUCUGUUAAGAAAGAAGUAACGCAUUAUAUGGAGCAAGGUCAUUGGUUUCUGUCGCUAUACAAUGAUGACGGUGAUCCUCAAGAAAUUUCAUUCAUCGCCGUUGUUGCCGAGGACAUGACCCACAAUUGCCCUAACGGCUGCUCAGGGAAAGGCGAAUGUCUUAUGGGCCACUGCCAAUGUCAGCCUGGCUUUGGGGGCGACGACUGCAGCGAAAGUGUGUGUCCAGUGCUAUGCAGCCAACGAGGUGAAUACAUUAACGGAGAGUGCCAAUGCAAUCCCGGAUGGAAGGGGAAGGAAUGCUCAUUGCGGCACGAUGAGUGCGAGGUACCAGACUGCAACGGCCACGGUCACUGUGUAAACGGAAAGUGUUCCUGCGUGAGAGGAUACAAGGGGAAAUUCUGCGAAGACGUCGACUGCCCCCACCCGACUUGCUCCGGCCACGGUUUCUGCAUCGAAGGCGCUUGCGUGUGCAAGAAAGGAUGGAAGGGUCUGGAUUGCGCCACCAUGGAUAAAGAUGCAUUGCAGUGCCUGCCCGAUUGCUCUGGUCAUGGGACGUUCGACGUCGACACUCAAACCUGCACUUGCCACGCGCGAUGGUCCGGUGAUGACUGUUCAAAAGAGGUUUGCGAUCUGGACUGCGGCCCCCAUGGACGAUGCGUCGGUGAGUCGUGCGUCUGCGAUCAGGGAUGGACUGGCGAGUACUGCACGUCCAAGCUGUGUGACGCCCGAUGCAGCGACCACGGUCAAUGCAAAAACGGCACUUGCCUCUGCGUGUCUGGGUGGAACGGCCGCCAUUGCACUCUCGAGGGCUGCCCCAGGGGAUGCGCGGGCCACGGCCAAUGUAGGGUUGCCAACGACGGCCACUGGGAAUGCAAGUGCUUCGACGGCUGGGACGGGCCGGACUGCACCACACUUAAAGAGCAGAUAUGCGACGAUUCCAAGGACAACGACAAAGAUGGUCUAGUGGAUUGCGAAGACCCAGAGUGCUGCCAGAGUCCUGCCUGCAAGGGCAGCCAGCUGUGCGUGUCCUCGCCCAAGCCAACGGACAUCUUGCUCCGUAAACAGCCGCCCGCCAUCACGGCUUCAUUCUUCGAAAGAAUGAAAUUCCUCAUCGACGAGGGUAGUCUGCAGAACUACGCUAAGCAGGAAACGUUCAACGAGAGUCGGUCAGCGGUAAUCAGGGGUAGAGUAGUGACGUCACUGGGGUCAGGCCUCGUCGGCGUCAGAGUGUCGACCUCUACACCUCUGGAAGGCUUCACACUCACCCGCGAAGACGGCUGGUUCGAUCUAUUGGUGAACGGAGGCGGCGCAGUGACAUUGCACUUCGGCAGGGCGCCUUUUAAAAGGUCCACACAAGUUGUCUUCGUGCCUUGGAAUGAGGUUGUGAUUAUCGACGAAGUUGUGAUGACAACUUCCGACGAGAAGAGCGGAAUGGGGCCGCCCCAAGCUUGCCUAGCUCAUGAUUACGAUGCCAUGAAACCGGUGGUGUUGGCGACGUGGAAGCACGGUUUCCAGGGCGCCUGCCCGGAUAAGAGUGCAAUACUAGCCGAAUCCCAGGUCGUACAAGAGAGCUUACAGAUACCGGGCACUGGUUUGAACCUGGUCUACCACAGUUCCCGAGCGGCCGGAUACCUGUCCACCAUACAGUUGCAGCUGACGCCCGAGAAAGUCCCGCCGACCUUAGCCCUGAUACAUUUAAGAAUCACAAUCGAGGGGAUACUUUUUGAGAAGACGUUUGAAGCCGACCCCGUGAUAAAAUUCACGUACCCCUGGAAUAGACUUAACGUUUACAGACAGAGAGUGUACGGAGUGACAACGGCGCUGGUGAAGGUUGGCUAUCAGUACACAGACUGCAAGGAUAUCAUUUGGAACGUGCAGACGACAAAACUGAGUGGCCACGACAUGAGCAUAUCGGAUGUCGGCGGUUGGAAUUUGGAUAUACACCACAGAUACAACUUCCACGAAGGCAUUCUGCAAAAGGGCGACGGCACCAACAUCUACCUGAAGCACAAGCCACGGCUCAUCAUCACGACCCUGGGCGAUGGGAGACAGCGCGCGCUGGAGUGCGGCAACUCGUGCUCUGGACCAGCUUCUAGACAGCGCCUUCUGGCACCGGUUGCUCUCGCCGCGGCGCCAGAUGGCGCCCUCUACGUCGGCGACUUCAACCUCGUGCGGAAGAUCGCCACCGACGGCUCUGUUCGGACCAUAGUCAAGCUCAACGCCACACGAGUUUCGUACCGCUAUCACAUGGCUCUUUCGCCGCUGGACGGCACCCUGUACAUCUCCGAUCCGGAGUCGCAUCAGAUCAUCAAAGUGCGCGACACGAGCGACUACAGCGACCCCCAACACAACUGGGAAACCGUCGUCGGAUCUGGGGAGAGGUGUCUACCGGGCGACGAGGCCCACUGCGGCGACGGCGCAUUGGCCAGGGACGCGAAGCUAGCGUACCCGAAAGGCGUGGCGGUCUCGAGCGACAACGUUCUGUACUUCGCGGACGGCACGAACAUCCGUAUGGUAGACAGGGACGGCAUCAUCACCACCGUCAUCGGCAACCACAUGCAUAGGGCGCACUGGAAGCCGAUACCGUGCGAAGGCACCUUGAGCGUGGAAGAGGUCCACUUACGGUGGCCGACCGAGCUCGCGAUAAACCCCCUCGACAACAGCCUCCACAUCAUCGACGACCACAUGAUCCUGCAAAUGGCUCCUGACGGCAGGGUGAAAGUGAUAGCCGGCAGACCGCUCCACUGCCCCUCGCCUUUGACCGGGUACGACAUGGAGCUCGCGACUUACGCCACCCUGGUGAUGCCGCAGAGCAUUGCGUUCGGAGCGGCCGGCGACCUCUACGUGGCGGAGAGCGACUCGCAGAGGAUCAAUCGGGUCAGGCUCAUCACCACCGACGGAAAGAUCACCCUUUAUGCCGGCGCCGAGUCCAAAUGCAACUGCCUGGAGCGCGGCUGCGACUGCUUCGAGGCGGACCACUUCCUCGCGUCCAAUUCGAAGUUCAACACGAUCUCAGCGGUGAUCGUCAGCCCCGAUGGCAUCGUUCACAUCGCUGAUCAAGCUAACUACAGGAUCCGCUCGGUGAUGGCGAGCAUUCCGGACGCGAGCGGGGCGCGCGAGUACGAAAUCUACUCGCCGGACACGCAGGAGAUUUACAUCUUCAACCGGUUCGGUCAGCACGUGAUGACCAAGAACAUCCUGACCGGUGAGAACAACUACGUGUUCACUUACACGGUGAACACGAGUAACGGUAAACUGAGCACGGUCACGGACGCGGCGGGCAACAAAGUGUUCCUGCUGAGGGAUUAUUCGAGCCUCGUCAACUCUAUAGAGAACACUAAAGGGCAGAAGUGCAGGCUCAAAAUGUCCAGGAUGAAGAUGCUGCAGGAGUUGAGGACACCGGACAACUUCAACAUGACGUUCGACUAUCACGGCACCACCGGCCUGUUGAAAGCCAAGUACGACAGCACCGGGAGGAGCUAUAUAUACAAGUACGACGAAUUCGGACGGCUCACGUCGGCGGUGACACCGACCGGUAGAAUCAUAAACCUCACUUUCGAUCUCAGCCUCAAAGGCGCCACCGUACUCGUUAGCGAGAACAACAGAAAGCCAUUGUCGAUUCUGAUAAAGGGCUCCUCGGUCAACACUAAAGUGGGUGAGGCGGAGAAGAGAACAAUUAUUUCAACUGACGGCAGCAUUUCAUCUAGCUUGCCCUGGGGCCACGUCAUUUCCACGGACACCGUUCCGUAUACAAUCUUGUCAGAAAUCGAUCCGAUUCUCGGCGAGAGUUACCCAGUGCCAGCCAAGCAAAGAACAGAAGUCGGCGGUGAUUUGGCGAACCGGUUCGAAUGGCGGUAUUUCUUACGGAGACUUCAAUCCAACAAAGGAAAAGGAAACAAGGCGGUCGCUCAGAUCGGUCGGAAAUUGCGCGUCAACGGUGAAAAUCUCCUUACACUGGAAUACGAUAGGGACAGCUCAACGGUGGCUGUGUUCAUGGACGACAAAGUUGAGCUCCUCAACGUGACCUACGACAGAACGGCACGUCCCGUCAAAUGGGGCCCCAGGAGCGGUAUCUUCGCUGAGGUGGAACUUGAUUACGACAGAUUCAACAGACUCACUAGCUGGCGCUGGGGAGAUCUCAAUGAAACAUACGGCUAUGAUAGAGCGGGCAGGCUGCACGAAAUACGCUACGGCGAUGGCUCCUCUCUAGCUUACUCGUUCAGAGACAUGUUCACGAGUCUACCGCUGAAAGUGACCACGCCAAGGGGGAGCGAUUAUCUUCUGGACUACGACGAUUCCGGGGCAUUGCAGAAUCUGACAACACCAAGAGGACACAUCCACACGUUCGCUCUGAUGACCUCUUUAGGAUACUUCAAAUACCAAUACUUCUCGCCAAUGAACCGGCAUCCGUACGAAAUUCUGUACAACGACGACGGUCACAUCUUGGCGAAGAUCUUCCCGCACCAGUCGGGCAAAAUACUUUACGUGUACGACGGCACCGGCAAACUGGAAACGAUACUGGCCGGGGCCUCUGCCAUUCGCUACGUGUACCACGAAAACACGCACCUGGUGAAGAACGUGGAAAUCACCGAUCCCGACUACGAACUCAGGCAAGACUACAAAUACCACGCCGGCAUACUUAAAGACGAAAAGAUGAAGUUCAACUCGAAGAGCGGCCUCAACAACGCUCAUUUCAAAUAUCAGUACGACGGAAACGCUCGGCUGUCCAUGAUCGAUGCAAACAUUAACAGCAAAGAAAUGCCGCAGCUGAAGCUGAAAUACAACCAGAACCUUGGUAUGCUGGAGGCGGUCAGCGAUCUGAGAAUUUACAGAAACACCUUCAACCGCUCCGUAAUGCAGGACACGAGCAAGCAGUACUUCACCAUCACCGACUACGACGACCACGGCAGGACCAAGAGCGUGCUGAUGAACAUAAAGUCCUUCGACGUGUUCCGCUUGGAGUUGGAAUACGACGCGAGGAACCGAAUCAGAACGAAGAAGAUGAUGAUCGGCGACACCACGUCGAACGAACGGAUCAGCUACAACUACGACGGGCACCUCAUGGAGGUGGUCGGCUCCGAAGACGACUGGAAAUACGUCUAUGAUGAAAACGGCAACAUAAUAGGUGUGAUCGAGCACGGCGAGAAACGCUACCUGGGCUACGACAUCGGUGAUAGAGUCGUCCAGUACGGGGACUUAGAGUUCAGCAGCUACGACGGACGCGGAUUCGUGAUACGCCGCGGCGAGCAGAAGUACAGAUACAAUUCCCGGGGCCAGUUCGUCCACGCGUUCGAAAGGGACAAGUUCCAAAUGUGGUACUACUACGACGACAGGAAUCGUCUGGUGGCGUGGAAGGACGAUAAGAACAACAUAACCCAAUUCUUCUACACCAACCCGCAAACGCCCAACUUGAUCACGCACAUGCACUACCCCAAGGCCGAGAAGACCGUCAGGUUCCUGUACGAUCAGAGAGACUUCCUCACCUGUAUUGAAACCGAAGAGCAAAGGUUCUAUGUCGCCACCGAUCACAACGGAUCACCACUCGUCGUGUUCGAUGUCAAUGGAGAGAUCGUGAAGGAGGUGAAACGCAGUCCGUUCGGGAAGAUAGUCAAAGAUACCAAUCCAGGGUUCUACGUGCCCGUGGACUUCCAUGGCGGUCUACUGGAGUACAACACCAACUUGGUCUAUCUGGAUAAUAGACUGUACGACCCCGUUGUCGGUCAAUGGAUGACGCCGAGCUGGGAGCACCUCGCGACAAAGCUUAGCUUACCCACUGACAUCUUCAUUUACCGUUUCAACAACAACGAUCCGAUUAAUAAGAAUCAGAAUGUCCCGUACAUGACCAAUCUGGCCAGCUGGCUCCAGCUCUUCGGCUACGACCUGAGCAAGAUGAUGGGAUCCAAAUACAUCACCGACAUGGUCUUCCAGCCCAUGAGGUCUGUGACUGCACCGCAGUUGGCACCCGACUUCGGCGUGAUGUCUGGCCUACAAUGCAUCAUUGAAAAGGUGAACGACAAGCUCUCCGACAUAGACUUCGUGCCGACGCCGCUGCUCAAAAUGGAGCCGAUCACGAGGAACCUCCUGCCGAGGGUCUCGUACAAGCGGGGCGUGUUCGGCGAGGGCGUGUUGAUAUCGCGGGUGGACGGCAAGGCGUACAUAAGCGUGGCCGACGGCGCGAACAGCGUGGUCGAGGACGUCAUCACGACCGUCUUCAACAACUCCCACUUCCUCGACGUGCACUUCAGCAUCCACGACCAGGACGUGUUCUACUUCGUCAAGGACAACUCCCUGAAGAUCCGGGACGACAUGGAGGAGUUGCGCAGGUUGUCCGGCAAGUUCAACGUGUCGCAAGACGAGACCAACGACCAGGGAUCGGAGGUGCGGCUGCACGCGGUGGGCAAGGGCUCCGCGCAGGCGGUGAUAGUGCUCCGCUACGGCGUGGACCCCGCCCAGGAGCGGGUGAAGCUGCUGAAGCACGCGCACAAGCGCGCGGCGGCGCGCGCGUGGGAGCGCGAGAAGGCGCUGGUGGCCGCCGGCUGGGAGGGCCGCGGCGCCUGGAGCGAGGAGGAGAAGGAGGAGCUCAUCUCGCACGGCGUGGUGGACGGCUGGGCCGCGCGCGACGUGCACUCGCUGGCCAGGUACCCGCAGCUGGCCGACGACCCGGCCAACAUCCUCUUCGUGCGCGACGCGCGCCGCAAGCGCCGGCGCAGCGGCCGCGCCCGCCACCGCUCG